CGCCUGGCGACGCCCUUGCCGCCAUGUUUCUUGUGGGCAGGCUCCUGCGGCUGAAGGCUGGAGAGCCGGGGGCACCGCGAUGAGGAAGCCGUGAGCCACGGUGACACAGCAGGUGGCUGGCCGAGCCUGGCUCCCUACCAGGGCCGGCGCUUGCUUGCUGGCGGGUGGCUGCCCCCGAGCACGGAUAUUUGCAGCGCCCUGAAGAUCCGCUCCGGGGAAAGGGGACGGGGAAAGGGGACGAUGCCGCUCUUCUUCCGGAAGCGGAAACCCAGCGAGGAGGCUCGCAAGCGCCUGGAGUACCAGAUGUGCCUGGCGAAGGAAGCUGGGGCGGAUGACAUCCUGGACAUCUCUAAAUGUGAGCUCUCGGAGAUUCCGUUCGGGGCCUUUGCAACCUGCAAAGUUCUGCAGAAGAAGGUGCUGAUCGUCCACACCAACCACCUCACCUCGCUGCUGCCCAAGUCCUGCAGCCUCCUGAGCCUCGCCACCAUCAAGGUGCUGGAUCUGCACGCGAAUCAGCUGGCCGGCCUUCCUGAGGACGUGGGGCAGCUCACCGCCCUCCAGGUAUUGAACGUGGAAAAGAACCAGUUGACACAUCUCCCGCGCUCCAUUGGGAACCUGGUCCAGCUCCAGACCCUCAACGUGAAAGCCCGGCAGGUGUCAGGCAAGCAGCUGCUGCCGGCGCCCGUGCUGAGCUGUGCCGGGGGCUCUCCAGACAACAGGCUGAAGGAGCUCCCAGACAGCCUGGGCGAGCUGCGGAGCCUGCGCACGCUGGACGUCAGCGAGAACGACGUGCAGAGGCUGCCGCAGAUGCUGGCUCACGUCCGGACCCUGGAGACGCUGAGCCUCGACGCCGCGUCCAUGGUCUACCCGCCCCAGGACGUGUGUGGCGCCGGCACCGCGGCUGUGCAGCAGUUCCUCUGCAGAGAGUCGGGCCUGGAAUACUACCCCCCUUCCCAGUACCUGCUGCCGGUUCUGGAGCAAGACGGAGCCGAGACCUCCCGGGACAGCCCCGACGGGCCAGCGGACAGAUGGUUGAGGGAGGAGGUAGAGUGGCAGAACAGGUUCUCAGACUACGAGAAACGGAAGGAGCAGAAGGCACUGGAGAAGCUGGAGUUCGAGCGGCGCCUGGAGCUCGGGCAGCGAGAGCACGCCCAGCUGCUGCAGCAGCACAGCAGUGAGAAGGAGGAGGUCCUGCAGACGGUCAGGCAGGAGCAGUCUCGGCUGGAGCAGGGCCUGAGCGAGCGCCAGCGCCACCUGGACACGGAGCGGCAGCGGCUGCAGGAGCAGCUGAAGCAGACGGAGCAGGACAUCUCCAGCCGGAUCCAGAAACUUCUCCAGGAGAACCAGAGGCAGAAGAAAAGCUCGGAGAUUCUGAAGGCGCUGGAAAACGAAAGAAUAAGAAUGGAACGGCUGAUGGCCAUCACCCAGGAGGAAAGCGAGAACUUGCGGCGCCGAGAGAUUGCCUCCGCCAUGCAGCACAUGCUGACCGAGAGCUGCAGGAACCGGCUCAUCCAGAUGGCCUACGAGUCUCAGAGGCAGAACCUGGUGCGGCAGGCCUGUUCCAGCAUGGCCGAGAUGGACGAGCGGUUCCAGCAGGUCCUGUCGUGGCAGCAGAUGGACCAGAACAAGGCCAUCAGCCAGAUCCUGCAGGAGAGCGCCAUGCAGAAGGCGGCCUUUGAGGCCCUCCAGGUGAAGAAGGACCUGAUGCAUCGGCAGAUCCGGAACCAGAUUAAGUUAAUAGAGACUGAGUUACUGCAGCUGACACAGCUGGAGUUAAAGAGGAAAUCCCUGGACACAGAGACACUGCAGGAGAUGGUCUCGGAGCAGCGCUGGGCCCUCAGCAACUUGCUCCAGCAGCUGCUCAAAGAGAAGGCGCAGCGCGAGCAGGAGCUCCGGGAACUCCUGACGGAGUUAGAGGCCAAAAGCGAGACCAAGCAGGAGAAUUACUGGCUCAUCCAGUACCAGCGCCUGCUGAACCAGAAGCCGCUGUCCCUGAGGCUGCAGGAGGAGGGCAUGGAGCGCCAGCUGGUGGCCCUCCUGGUGGAGUUGUCGGCCGAGCACUACCUGCCCCUCUUCGCCCACCACCGCCUCUCGCUGGACGUGCUGAGCCGGAUGUGUCCCGGGGACCUGGCCAAGGUGGGCGUCUCGGAAGCUGGCCUGCAGCACGAGAUCCUACGCAGAGUUCAGGAACUGCUGGACGUGGCCAGGACGCAGCCAGAGCUGAAGCCACCCGAGGGUGAGGCCCUGGGACCCCCCACAGCCCCCCCAGAACCUCCGGAGUCGGUGAGGCCGUCGGCUCCCCCCGCAGAGCUGGAGGUGCAGACCUCGGAAUGCGUCGUGUGCCUGGAACGGGAGGCCCAGGUCGUCUUCCUCAACUGUGGCCACGUGUGCUGCUGCCAGCAGUGCUGCCAGCCGCUGCGCACCUGCCCGCUGUGCCGGCAGCAGAUCGCCCAGCGCCUGCGCCUCUACCACAGCAGCUGAGCGGCCGCCACCCGGGCCCCGCCUCCGUCUCCCAGCGCCUCUGGGCCAGGCGUAGUGUGGAGGGCGGCCGUGCUGGUGGAGGGGCCGCUGUGCCGCCCCAGCACUGGGAGAUGAGCGCGGGCCGGGCCUCCGGAGGGCAGGGCAGGCCUCCGCCCCAGCCUCGUCUCAGCUGCCUGGCGCUCUGCACCUCCUCACCCCGCGCAGCCAGGAGCUCAGCCCAAAGCAGGAACGUCAGCAAACCCACCCCCGUCUGCCCCCCCCCAGUCAGCCCUGGGGCCUCUGGGGAGCCUGGGGGGGGGUGCAGGGUCCGGGGAGGGGCCAGGCACAGGCCACACCGCUGGUGAAAGCCAAGUGCAAGAGUACCCGCACCUCCGUCCUUAGCGGUGGAGACCAGGCCCCAGGGAGGGGGCUCCGGGAGGCAGCCAGAGCGGGGCGGCGGCCUGCUACCCACCGGCGGGCACUCCACUCGCGAUCCCAGACGAGGGAGCUGAGGCUCUGCAGGGGGCGCAGAGGCCCAGGAGCCGCCCGACUCCAGGACUCGGGCAGUUGUGCAGGUUGUGCACUGCACAAUUCCGGGAGCCAUGCACACUGCACUCACCGUGGAGGCGCAUGUUUAUUAACACCGUUUCUGGCAGGUGGCUCUCACGGUAACCCUGGCCAGCCUUCGGGCCUCAGUUUCCCUAUCUAUUCAGUAGAUGUGGGGACUUACGCUGGUGGCCACCAGGGGGCAGCAUCCUCGAGAGGGCACAGGUCUGGGGGUGGCAGGGAGAUCGCUGCUUCCCAGGGGCCAUCAGCUGCCCGAGGCACCGCGGACACCCCCAGCCCUCAGCUUCCCCUCGGGGACCUCUGCUCAUCCCCCACCCCUCUGCCCUCUGGGCUCAGCCAGCCCUGCUCCUGUGGCUGCCACCACAGCCCACAGGGACGUGUUUUGCUCCCUCACCUCUGCCAGGACCCCCUCCUGGGCCUCUGCUCUCCCGUGGGAAAUGGUGAGGGCAGGUACGGGAGGCUCCAGGUCCCCAGGUCAGGCACGUGGCCCACAGCCGGGAAUCCACAAGCAAUGCUUGCAAGCAGGCAUGUCGGGAGAGCGGGCAUGUCAGGAGAGCGGGCACGUCAGGAGAGCAGGCAUGUCGGGAGAGCGGGCACGUCGGGAGAGCGGGCAUGUCGGGAGAGCGGGCAUGUCAGGAGAGCGGGCACGUCGGGAGAGCGGGCACGUCGGGAGAGCGGGCACGUUGGGAGAGCGGGCAUGUCGGGAGAGCGGGCACGGCCGGGCCCACGCUGUGGCAGAGUGGUGAAGCCACCGCCGGCAGCACCGGCCUCCACGUGGGCGGCUCCUGUCCCAGCCGCCGCACUUCCGAUCCAGCCGCUGCUAACAGUCUGGAAAGAGCAAGGGAAGGCGGCCCAAGUGUUGGGUGCCUGCUGUCCAUGUGAGAGACCCGGAGGGAGCUCCCCGCUUCAGCCUGGCCCAGUACACCAAUGAUGGACGAUCUCAUCAAAAUCUAAAAGAAAGGAGGCCUGGCUGUCGUGGCGGGAGUGAUGGGUGCCCAGGGCCCCAGCUGGCCCUGAAGCUGCUGCUGUCCUCGGCCUCCUGCCGCCCAGCACUGACGCGCAACACCGCACAGGGCGAGCUGAGAAGCUACCGGACGGCCGGUCACCCGUGAGCUCCAAGUGGGCCUCAGCUGCCUUUGCUGUAAAAUGGGACCAUCUGAGGCCCCGGUCACCCGCCCCCACACCCCAGCACCACACCAAGCUGCGGCUUUAAAUAA